GCACGUAGCAGCUCAGUGUGCAGACCCGCCACCUCACAACUUGUCGACUACGUGGCGGUCCCGUUACUACAGGCAGAGUACAUGUUACUUUACCAGCGACACUUCUACGUUUUACUCAAAUCCCUUGUGUUAGUAAGAUGGAUAUGAUUUGCAUCAAAGAUAAAUUUGGCAACGAUCGGUGGUUUAUUGGCGAGGACAUACGGCUUCCACCCUUGAAACACGAACUUAGCCUCGCGGACCGCUUGAGUUACAUCCACAACUUUGACCUUAGACCUGACGACGUCAUUGUGGCCGGUUACCCGAGGUCAGGUAAUAAUUGGCUUCAUCAGAUGAUCUACAUGUUGCUGGAAGGAACCCUAGACCCGCCUCCCUUGUUUGGACCGAAUACUUCUGUGAACCUGGAGUUUGCCUCAGACACCAUACGCGUCCCCCCACCUGUCAAACCUCGCGCUCUUUUCACGCACCUUCUCUUCAAGGACCUGCCAAAGGCCGUCACUGAAAAAAAGGUCAAGGUGGUGCACAUCACGCGGAACCUCAAGGAUGUCUUCGUGUCAAUGUAUUGCUUUCAAGAAAAAUUUACUAUAUGCCAAUAUUAUCCACCGUGGCCAGAGUUUCUUUCUACUAUGCUAGAUGAUGGCUUGACGUAUGGAGACAUCUUUGACCACGUGACAAGCUGGGAGAAGGCGAUCGACGAUCAUCCUGAGCAUCCAUUUUACUGUGUGACGUACGAGGAGUUGACACAAAAUGGUGUUGAUCAGCUGGAACGUAUUGACCAGUUCCUGGAGACUCACAGAGGAAGACCUUUCUGCCAGGCGGUGGUUGAGAAAUGUCGCAUCAACAACAUGCUCAAUCUGCGAGUAGCACACAACGCUACAUUUGAUUGGACCAAAUUUUAUCGGAAAGGAUUGUAGGAGACUGGAAGAACUGGUUCACUGUGGCGCAGAACGAGGAGUUCGAGAAGGUCGUCCGAAAGAAGAUGGCCGGCUACAAAGUCUCCUUCGCUACCAAUUUGAAUAAUUAAAUCAACACAUUGCAAAUCUUACUACCAGCAGAUAGUGUCUUUUAUCAGACAAUUCAUUCUUUGUUCUUCUCGAUAUUCCAGACUUUGUCACUAUUGUUUCAGUACUCAUAAAUGUCUGUAAAUCCCUACCCCAUACAGAUGAUCUGUCUACUGUUGUUAUAAUGAGUAAACAGGAAAACGACGCUCUUUCUCAAUGACAAUCAGAUACUCUAUAUACCUACAGGAAACACGGUGUUUUAAUCAGGACACAGCUAUCGAUAAAUAUUGUCUUCAAAAAGUAAUAAUAAAGCUACGUAAUGUCCAUAAAGUUAACCUGUCUAAUUAGUGUACAGGCUACAUAUUCACAUGAAUGCGUACACAAGAACAAUAAAGUAUUGUCAAUGUGGUGAACGAUAGUCAUUACAUAGAGCUGUCUGAAUGAUGAAGAAUUUAACUCGUAUAAAUAGAAGAUUCGUCUAAUACAUGUAAAGCCUCUAUGUUUGAUAUGAAAAUC